CAAUGGAGAGUGCCAUCACGUUGUGGCAGUUCCUGCUCCAGCUGCUUCUGGACCAGAGUCACAAGCACCUCAUCUGCUGGACGUCCACUGAUGGAGAGUUCAAGCUGCUCCGGUCCGAGGAGGUGGCCAGGCUGUGGGGGCUGCGCAAGAACAAGACCAACAUGAACUACGACAAGCUGAGCCGGGCCCUGCGCUACUACUAUGACAAGAACAUCAUCAAGAAAGUGAUCGGCCAGAAGUUUGUCUACAAGUUCGUGUCGUUCCCGGAGAUCCUGAAGAUGGACCCGGCGGCCGUGGAGUUCGGGGGCUGCGGCGGCGGCGGCGAGGACCCCGGCGCCGGGGCUGUCGGAGGGGGAGGGGGGGCGAGGAGGAGGAGGAGGGGGCGGGGCUCCACGGGGGCCGCAACGGCGUACCUCCACUCCGGCCUGUACUCCUCCUUCACCGUCAGCUCCCUGCAGCACUCGCCCCAGCGCCGCAGGGCCGUGAAGACGGAGCCCCCGGACGGACCCGCACGACGAGGGCCCCUCCUCGGUCAUACGCUUCGUCCCCAACCACGCCUCCUCUGGCAGGGGCCCCCCCCCGCAGCCCCCCGCCCGCCCCCGGCGAGCUCUACCCGCUCCUUCCACCCAUCCCCUCGGCAGGUCCGCACCCCCCCCUCCUCCUCCUCCUCCCCCGCCUCCUCCCCCUCCCCGUCGACAAGCCCCGCCCUCAACCUGUGGCGGGGGCGGAGCCCGGCGCCAGAGACUGACCAAUGGGAGCAGAGCGUGCAGCCUCUGAAUCUGUCGUCGGGCCAGAGGGACCGGGAGCGGCUGCAACGGCUUAGGGAUGAGCAACGCUCCUCCAAGAGCCGCAAACCCAGAGCCCUGGAGAUCCUGGCCCCGCCCCUCCUGCUGACAGGAAGUGACAUCGGCUCCAUCGCGCUCAACAGCCCAGCGCUGCCAGGCUCCUUGACCUCAGCGUUCUUUGCUGCACAGGUAUCACUAUAUAACGUAUUCAAUAUAAUAUCUAUAUAGGCACAUCACGUAGGU